GGCUCCCAGGUCACAUCCAGGGGGUCUCCAAGGAUCCCAUCCAGGGGCUCCCAGGAUCACAUCCAGGAUCCCAUCCAGGCUCUCCAGGACUCCCAGGAUUCCAUCCAGAGGGUCUCCAAGGGCUCCCAGGAUCCCAUCCAGGGGCUCCCCGG